AGUAAAGCUCUCUCUCAGAUCCACUCAACACCUCCUCGUCUCCUCCUUAUUUGUACGGUUCUUAUUAAAAACAGGUUCCCAAAGGGUAAAUCCAAAAGCGACGCAAGGGCAAUAUCGGAAAAAGUAUUUUUUUCUCCUUCAUUCUUAUUAAUGGCCGCCGUUAGCAGCUCGUCGGAGACAGGAGACAGUGGCGCCGCCGGGAAGAGAGAUGAGAUCAUGUUGUUCGGUGUUAGGGUUGUUAUCGAUCCGAUGAGAAAGUGUGUGAGUUUGAACAAUCUCUCUGAUUACGAAGAAAAGUCUUCGCCUGAUGAUGAGAUCCCUAAGACUGUCGUCCCCGGAGCUGGUGAUGGAGAUGAUAAGAACGAAACGGUGAUCGUCGCCGACGGUUACGCCUCCGCCAAUGACGCCGUUCACAUUUCCUGUUCCUCCGCCGGUAAUCGAGAGAGGAAACGAGGAGUUCCAUGGACUGAGAAUGAGCACAAGAGGUUCUUGAUUGGGCUGCAGAAAGUGGGAAAAGGAGAUUGGAAAGGCAUAUCUAAGAACUUUGUGAAGAGCAGGACUCCUACUCAAGUUGCUAGUCACGCUCAGAAGUACUUCCUCCGACGAACCAAUCUCAACCGUCGCCGGCGAAGAUCUAGCCUUUUCGAUAUUACAACCGAGACGGUCACAGAGAUGCCCAUGGAGCAAGAUCAGACUCAGGAGAACUCACCACUACCUGAAACCAAUGUUAGCUCUGGACAUCAAGUUAUGCAAGUUGAUGCUGAAGUUGCUGUGAUGACAAAAACUGAGUCUUCAGCACAGACGUUCAAUCUCAACGAUUCAUAUCUGGUUCCAGUAACCUUCCAAGCAAAUCCUGCAUUCAAUCUAAACACAGAGGCUGCUCCGCUUUCUCUCAACCUUUCUCUGGCCUCCUCAUUUAAUCUUAACGAGCAACCAAACUCAAGACACUCUGCGUUCACGAUGAUGCCAAGCUUCAGUGAUGGAGAUAGCAAUAGCAGCAUCAUCAGAGUUGCUUAGACCUUAAAAUCCAAGGGGAAAAAACAGAACAAUAACAGAGGAAGGCUGUAGGGAUGGACGAACUGUGUUUAGGGUUCUUCAUCAUCUUCGUCUGUUUGUAAUACUCUCUGGUCACACUCACACACACUGUUAUGAGUCGUUUUCUGCUGCGUGUGGUUUGUUUUUGUGGUAUGUAAGUUAAAACAAACAAGUCGUGAUUCUCAUGUGGCCCAUCUCAAUCAAUGGUUGGUGAUUUGUGGGGUUUUUAGGCUUUUGUAUAUCUUAUCUUUUUGGGGAUAAGCUAAACUGUAUGUAUGGUUCGUCGAAUAUUUUAUCUUUAUCUAUAAUGCCAUAAUAGUGUUGCCA